AUGGACGAGCUACUUGCACCUCUCCGGGAUAUUUUCGAGGGCCAGAUUGACUUCCACGGUCAGCGCCUUGCAGAUAUCUUGAGCACAGUCUUGUUGAUUAUCUCCGGUGCCGUCAGUUUCAUCGUCGGAUACAUCUACAAGGACAUCCACCUCACGCUAUGGAUCGGUCUCGCCGGCACGCUAUUCACUGGACUCGCCGUUAUUCCACCCUGGCCCAUUUAUAACCAGAACCCGGAGAGAUGGAUGGGCUCUGCGGGCGGGAAGGCAAUCACACCCAAAGUACUCGUGGACGGGGUCAAGGUGGCUUGA